CACCGGGUCUCCUCCUGCGGUGCCCCAAAAAAUGGCGCCAAUCCCUCCCCAAUCUCCCGCCGCACCCCCCCGCUAUUUCCCCUCCGCGCCCCAGCCCUAGCCGCGCCGGGGCAAACCCUAACCCCAUGUCCUCCUCCUCCUCGCUGCCCGCCAAGCCGCCCCCGCCGCCGCGCCCCAAGACGCGGGGCAGCUACAACUGCGGCCGAUGCGGCCAGCCCAAGAAGGGCCACGUCUGCAACCUCCCCUCCCCGGCCGCCGCCGACGGCGGCGCCGCGCCCCCCUCCCCGUCGCCCUCCUCCUCCGGCGGGGACACCCGCCUCCGCCGCGCCCUCUCCUUCGACGAGCCCUCCUCCCCCGAGAAGAAGCCCAGGCCCGACCAUGACGGCCGCACCAUGGAGCUGGGCGGCCGGGCCGUGCCGGUGGACCUCGUCGUCGAGGUGCUGCGCCAGCUCGGCCCCAGGGGCGUCCUCGACGCCGCCGCCGUCAGCCGCGCCUGGCGCGACUGCGCCGACCGGGUCUGGCGCGUCGCCGAGGAGCUCCGCCUCCGCCCGGCCGCCGCCGGCCUCCUCGGCGCGCUGCUCCCCCGCUGCGCCGCGCUCUCGCGCCUCGUCCUCCACAUGGAAAGUGCUGUUGAUGCCACCAUGCUGUCAUGUCUUGCAUUUUCCUGUUCAAGUUUGGAAACUCUGGAGAUCACCAUGGCCGACAAGGCAAUCAACAAUAUGACUGGAGAGGAGCUAAGUCGACUUGUUUCAGAGAAGCAUUCUCUCUCAAUUCUCAAAAUCGGUGGCUGCUCUAAUCUUGGUUUUCUUAAUCUAAGCUCUUCAAGCCUUAAUGUUCUUUGGCUAUCAGAUCUUUGCUCCCUUUCGGAAUCGGUCAUAAGCUGCCCUAAUAUGAGCGAGCUCUCCCUGUGUUUCACACAACAAAGUUCGGAAUGUACUGACCUGGUUAGUUUGAUGGAUGGCCUGGGCCGAUCGUGCCCUAACUUAAGAAAUUUGCACAUAUCAUCAAUUCAACUAUCUAAUGAAGCUGUGUCCGCUCUAGAGGGUGCCAACCUCAGGGGCUUGUGCAUGCUAUCCUUGAUUCUCGGUUCAAAAAUGACAGAUGCAGCUGUUGCAUCUAUCGUCAGAUCUUGUGCAAGCUUGGAAUUGCUUGAUUUAAGUGGAUCUAGCAUCAGUGAUAGUGGUGUUGGUAUGAUCUGCAAGGCGUUCCCUCAUACUUUAUCGAGGCUGCUCCUUGCUCUCUGCCCAAAUAUUACUACAUGUGGGAUCCAGGCUGCAACAGCACAAUUGCCACUUCUUCAGCUCAUGGACUGUGGAAUGAGCUUACGUUCUAACUUGCAGAAUGAAAAACAGGGGGCUUAUUUUGGUGAGAUCAAUGGAAGGAUUAGAUUGUGCCCAAAAUUACCCACCUUAAAAAAGCAACCUAUGCGCCAAAAGCUGAUCAUAAAGCAUGAUAAUUUGAAGAAGCUCAGUCUAUGGGGCUGUUCAGCAAUAGAUGCUUUGUAUGUGAAAUGCCCAGAGUUGAUUGAUCUGAACCUCAACACUUGUACAAAUCUACACCCAGAGCGGCUGCUACUUCAGUGCCCAAAUCUGAAGAAUGUACAUGCAUUUGGAUGCCAAGAUAUGUUGAUUGGUGCAAUAAAAAACCAGAAACUGAUAAACAGAAAGAAUCUAAUGAAGCAAUGUGUAUCAACUGGAGUCUAGCAAGGAGUAAGCUGUGAAGCUGAAGGUGUAUCAGGCUGUCUACAGGCCCAAACAGCACACAUGAAGGAUACCACUAAAGCCCACCUGUAUAUCCAAAACCUAGGUACACUCAUCAAUCUCCUGACGGUUUUGAGUUCUUGCUCCUGUCAGGUUGGCACUUGAUCUACCAUCCAUAGUAUUGUCACCUUGUAUCAUUUGUCAUAAUCCGAGGCAUUACUGGCACCAAUCUGGCUAUAUGUGGAUGUUAGAUAUAUCACGGUACUAGUGAUGGCCGUGACUCCCCAUGCUAUCCAUAUGUCAGGCAACGUUUGAUGGAGUAUCAGGUUACCAUAUACUCCGUCCGUUCCCAAAUAUAAGUCUUUCUAGAGAUUCCAAUAAGUGACUACAUACGGAGCAAAAUGAGUGAAUCUACUCUAAAAAAUGUCUACAUACAUCCGUAUGUUGUAGUCCAUUUGAAAUGUCUAAAAAGACUUAUAUUUAGGAACGGAGGGUGUAAUUCGUUAAGUUGAAAAUGACAUAGUUAGUUGCUUUUGAUACUCUUGGCACUAGAGUGUGGUGGAGAAACAUUCUGGUGGUAAACCUCUAAAAUGAAGCCAUAGUUAUAGUAUAAUGCUGUUAGCGAACAUUUUUCUGCCAUAUAUCAUAAUUUACCGGUAGUCGGCAAUUGGUUCAAGCUUCACACAUGUUACUGCAUAGUUAACGCAAACAUGAACCAGAGUAAAAUUUAGUUUGGAAUUUUGAAACGGAAACAAACUGAAAGAGCUAAAUUGAGUUGCAAUGAUUUAUUAAUUCAAGCACAGCAACACACUCGCAAAAGAUAGUGGCACCCAACAAAUUAACCGGUACAAUAAAGAAAACCCGCCAACUUACCUUUACAAUUUUGCAUCUGAGCUAUCAGUUACUCAACAAAGGUGAAAGAGCAUUACCACUUUCUUCGUUUUCCAAUGUAUUGCCACAAAUUU